GAAUUCCCUUUGAUGGUGGGCUGCGCUGCCUGUGCUGGAAGAUCCUUCUGAACUACCUCCCUUUAGAGAAAGCCUUAUGGAGCUCUUUGCUGAAGAAACAGAGGGAUCUGUAUUCCCAGUUCCUAAAGGAAAUGAUUAUUCAGCCUGGGAUUGCCAAAGCCAACCUCGGUGUUUCAAGGGAAGAUGUGACCUUAGAAGAUCACCCCCUCAAUCCAAACCCAGACAGUCGAUGGAAUACUUACUUCAAGGAUAAUGAAGUGCUUCUCCAGAUAGACAAAGAUGUCAGGAGGCUGUACCCUGACAUGGCAUUCUUCCAGCGUCCAACGGACUACCCCUGCCUUUUAAUCCUGGACCCCCAAAAUGAGUUUGAGACGCUGCGCAAGCGGGUGGAGCAGACCACGCUCAAGUCACAGACAGUGGCACGAAACCGCAGCGGGGUUACAAAUGUGAGCUCCCCUCUUAAAACGACUCCUAAUUCUCUGAGCGAGUACGAAGUUCUGCCCAAUGGCUGUGAAGCUCACUGGGAAGUGGUGGAGCGAAUCCUGUUCAUCUACGCCAAGCUGAACCCCGGGAUAGCGUACGUUCAGGGGAUGAACGAAAUCGUGGGGCCUCUCUACUACACCUUUGCUACAGAUCCUAACAGCGAAUGGAAAGAACAUGCUGAAGCAGACACAUUUUUCUGCUUCACCAAUCUAAUGGCUGAAAUUCGGGACAACUUCAUUAAGAGCCUGGAUGAUUCUCAGUGUGGUAUUACCUACAAAAUGGAGAAGGUCUACUCCACCCUGAAGGAAAAAGAUGUGGAGCUGUAUUUGAAACUGCAAGAACAGAACAUCAAACCCCAGUUCUUUGCCUUCCGCUGGCUGACGCUGCUCUUGUCCCAAGAGUUCCUGCUGCCAGACGUCAUCCGUAUCUGGGACUCCCUCUUUGCUGAUGAUAAGCGCUUUGAUUUUCUUCUGCUCGUCUGUUGUGCCAUGUUGACACUAAUCCGGGAUCAGUUGCUGGAAGGAGACUUCACUCUGAACAUGAGGCUGCUACAGGAUUAUCCUAUCUCUGAUGUUCACCUGAUUUUGAAGAAGGCAAAGGAACUUCAAGAUUCCAAAUAGUCCGUGAGCCUAACAAAAGGUGUCAGAGAAACUGUAUGGCAGCGAAUCCCAGGAGAUGCCCCUAUGAAGUGUGGUGCAUUAAAGCUCCUAGUGGUCUCUGCAGGACUUCAGGUUUUGUGUUUGGGCUACUGGCCACCUUGAAGACUUCCUUCUACUCUAUUUAUUAGCUCGAGGACUGAUUACUUCCCCAUCUACUUGGGUCCUGCACUCCAGAUUUUUUUCAAAUCACAAAUGCCUCUAUGCUGCCAAAAGCAGUUCUUUGUAUCUUUUUUAAUGACUUUAAGUUUGGGGAGAAAGAAACCAUCUGUCCGUAUAUCCCUGAAGGGAUGGACUCCUGUAUCAUGGAAGUAGCACAUGGAGUAACUUCUGAUGGCGAAGGGACAG